AUGUCCCAUGAACAACAAAUGCAUUUUGCUAUGUAUCAUGCAAAAACUCCCCAACGCAUCAAGGAUUUAGUUUUGACAGACUUUCUUGAACCCAGUGGCACAAUACGUUUGGUGAUAGCUACAAGUGCAUUAGGGAUGGGGGUAAACAUUCCAAAUAUUAGGAGAAUUGUUAAUUAUGGUAUUCCAAAAGACAUGGAGUCAUAUGUACAAGGUGUUGGACGAGGAGGAAGAGAUGGUAAAGAUGUAAUUGCAAUAAUGUACUACAAACCUUAUCAUCUUUGUCAUGUUGACAAAGUUAUGAGGUCAUUUGUGAAAAAUCAAUUAGAAUGUAGGAGAAGUUGCAUUUUGGAUUUCUUUAGUGAGAACAAUAAAAAUAAAACAUCUGCUCAUUCACAUAAAUGCUGUGACAUUUGCACCAGAUCAUGCAACUGCGGUUCAUGCCCCAUAGAAGUUUUCAAAUCCAAGUUAUCUGCAAACUGCAAAAAGAAAUCUCAUGGUUUAACACGUCAGGUGACACCAGAAGAAAAAGAUACAUUUGUAGAAGUUCUACAUGAUUUGAAUGUAGAAAAUAAAAAAUGUGGCUCUAUUCUUGGCUCUAGUGUAUUGGGUAACAAAAUUGAUGAUACUGUAAUUGAAGAUAUUGGUGAGGAUUUAAAACAUGUGUUCACCACAGACUAUAUUAUGGACAAUUUUCCAGUUUUUAAUGAACAAUUAGCUAUCCAGAUUUUAAGUGUCAUACAAGACAUAUUUAUGGAUAUUAAUGAGGUCGACCUUGUUUAUCUCGAACCUACAGAGCCAGAUAUUGAUUUUUAUUUUAAUGUUCCUGUUCAGUCUUCUGACAGUGAUGAAUCUGAAUGA